CUUUGAGGUUGGAGAGAUGUAUGCAGCAGAGGCCUCAAUGGCGGCCACCAGCUUCCUCAGAAACCCAGUUCGGAUCAGACCCACUACGUCCCAUAACAUUCUCAUCACCAAGUCCCUGCCUUGGAAUCAGAAGUGCCAGUGCAGCAGCACUAGCAGCAGUAACGUCAGUGUUGACGAAGACAAGUCUGUGUUUUCUGUGACGCCGGCGACCAAGUACGACGUGGAUUACCUGGGAGAGAAGACCAAAGGGGAUUUGAAUGUCAAGCUCGAGAGUCUUGAGGCUUUUGGAAUUGAUGGACAAGCAACUUUGGAAGGUCCGAUUGAGGAGGUUGCUCGAAUGGAAGCUGAAGAAGCUGAAGGGUUGCUUAAAGAUUUGGGUAUUCCGAGUCCUUUUUUGUCAAGGCAUUCGCCUCGUGGUAUCUUUUGUAGCCGGACAUUGAAUCUUCGAUCAAUUAGUGCCAUCGGUUAUGAUAUGGACUACACCUUGAUGCAUUAUAAUGUCAUUGCUUGGGAAGGGAGAGCUUAUGACUACUGUAUGGAGAAUUUAAGGAAAGUGGGUUUCCCAGUUGAUGGUCUUGCAUUUGACCCCGACCUGGUUAUUAGAGGCCUCGUCAUAGACAAAGAGAAAGGCAACUUGGUGAAGGCUGAUCGAUUUGGCUAUGUAAAGAGGGCUAUGCAUGGCACAACCAUGCUAUCUAAUCGGGCUGUAAGAGAGAUGUACGGGAGGGAAUUGGUGGACCUCCGGAAGGAAAGUCGAUGGGAAUUCCUGAAUACAUUGUUCUCUGUCUCAGAAGCUGUGGCAUAUAUGCAGAUGGUUGAUAGAUUGGAUGAUGGAACCAUUGCCGCACAACUUGGUCCACUCGAUUAUAAAGGGCUCUAUAAGGCUGUUGGAAGAGCCCUCUUUAGGGCACAUGUAGAGGGUCAACUGAAGAGUGAGAUAAUGUCUAAGCCUGGACUAUUUGUAACACCUGAUCCAGAAUUGCCUCUAGCACUUUUGGAUCAAAAGGAGGCUGGUAAAAAGCUUCUCCUCAUUACCAACUCGGAUUAUCAUUACACAGACACAAUGAUGCAACAUUCCUUUAACAGAUUUCUUCCUAAUAAUAUGGGUUGGCGGGAUCUAUUUGACAUUGUAAUAGUCUCUGCAAGGAAGCCAGAGUUCUUCCAAAUGUCACACCCAAUGUAUGAGGUGGUGACGGGUGAGGGGCUAAUGCGUCCAUGCUUCAAGGCUGUAACAGGGGGCUUGUAUUCAGGGGGAAGUGCUCAGAUGGUUGAGAAUUCCCUAGAUAUCCAUGGAGAUGAAAUACUCUAUGUUGGUGAUCAUAUCUACACUGAUGUAAGUCAAUCCAAAGUUCAUCUCCGGUGGCGAACAGCAUUGAUUUGUCGAGAAUUGGAAGAAGAGUAUAGUGCUUUGAUCGGUAGCCGGGGUCAUAGAGAAUCACUAAUAGAGCUUACAAAUCAAAAGGAGAUCGUAGGAGAUCUUUUCAACCAACUUCGACUUGCCUCUCAAAGACGAACUAAAGGGCGUCCUGCUCAAACCCUUGCUGCAACAAAUUUGGCUGAUCAAGAACUCUCAGAUAGCAUGCAGAAGCUACUUAUUGUUAUGCAAAGACUAGACCAGAAAAUUGCUCUGCUGCUAGAAUCAGAUGGAGAGCUCUUCAACAAAAGGUGGGGGUUUCUUUCCCGUGCAGGAUUCUGGGAUAAAAGCCAUUUGAUGAGACAAAUCGAGAAGUAUGCUGAUAUAUAUACCUCAAGGGUGUCAAAUUUCUUACAUUAUACACCUUUCAUGUAUUUCCGCUCACAGGAACAGACUCUUGCUCAUGAUUCAUAUUCAUACUACUGUUCGAAGAUUUAUGGAUCUGCUGCGGAUAACGAAGUCAAUUCUAUGUCGUAAACGUGCAAUUCCAUUGUAAAUGUUGCUUGCUAAUUCUUUCGAGUAUCCCGUCUUUGAUGACCCAGCGGGUUACAUGUUAGAAGGUUCUGAAUGAAUAAUGUGUAAUUCACUAAUUUGAGUCAUGAGUGCCUCUCCAGUGAUCUGUGGCUUGUUUAUGCCCCCACGAACUAUUUAUGGUUCUCGGCAGAGUAGCUGUGUGAAUUGCCUAAUUAAUGAUAUAUUGGUCGCAGAUUAACCACU